AUGCGGAACAUUCUCCCAGUUCGUGUGCUGCUAAGAACUCGCCAUGUGUGGGCUGGGGGUGGGUGUCCGUUUUGUCACUCCGAUGAGGAGACAAUGGAUCUUUUGUUCUGCUCAUGCCCUGUGGCGACCCAGGUAUGGCAUGUCUCUAUUAUUCAGCAUAGCGAUUGCUUGGCCGUGUUGCUUAAUACGGCUCUGUGCAGUCCGAGCGUGAAGGAUUCUGUUCACACUGCGGCCAAGCUAUGGUUAAUAUGGAACACUAGGAAUGAUGCUAUUUGGAAGGGUAAGCUUCUGCGUAUUGAUGAUUUGUUGAGGCAGGUUGAAAGCUUUUGUGAUUUAUGGUUCUCGGUUUACAGUAGGGAUGUGGUUGUAACGUUUGCAGCUCCGGGAGCGUCUAGCUGGUCUCCACCACCCAUUCACCGUCUGAAGUGCAACGUUGAUGCGGCUCUAUUUGAGGAUGGUGUUGGUUUCGGGUUGAUUGUCAGGAGCCAUACUGGAGCUUUUGUUUCAACCCAUAAUGCCCCGCUUGGUUGCGGUCGAGACCCAUACUUGGCUGAAGCUAUGGCAGUUAAGGAGGCACUCUCAUGGAUGAAGAUUAAUGGUUAUAGUGAUUUCAUUUUAGAAUCUGAUAGUCUUAAUUUCUAUUCUAAUUAUAAUUCAAAUUUAGUGGACUUGUCGUAUGUUGGUUUGUUAGUUAAGCAAUGUCGCUGCAUUGCUAAUGACAUUGGGAACGUGUUUGUUCACCGUGUCAGAAGGUCAGCGAAUCAGGUGGCUCAUGUCUUGGCACGGGCAACAGGUUCUUCGUCUGUCCUAGGGUCGUGGACAUCCACCGGCCUGUAUUGCUCAUUUGAUUGA